AUGGAAUUUAGAAGUCUCACGACGUGUGUAGUGAGGAUGUUCACGUCUCACUUUUUAAAUAAGCCGCUGGCAACGAUUUCUGAUAUAGAUGUAAAUAAUUUCCUAUGUAGUAUAAAUCGAUUUGGUACAAGAGCGGACGUUGCAAGGCAAGUUCUCUCCGUUUUGUUUGGACGCAUAACUAAAGAUUAUGACGUGUUGCUGGGUAUCGUGGUUGGUUGGCUGACCUUAACAAGAAUAAACAAUUUUGAAGCUGUAUAUGAUAAUUACAAACUACCAGAGUAUAACAUACUAACAAAUAACUGGAAGAUUAUGAAAAACUACUCUACGUUCACGCCGCACGAGUCAAUAUUAAAUGAAAUAAAGAAUAUUAUUUAUUAUACAUUAUGUAUAUAUUAUGAAUGGUGCCUGUCAAAACGGACAAACGGUCCAAACAUCCUUAAAAUAUGGCCUGAUCGAAGAUUAAAAAGAAGGCGCAUAAUGUCUGAAGACGAAUCUCAACCAAUGGAUAUGGUGCCUAAUACACAACCUUUGAAACAAGUACCACAGCAACCACCAACUACUGCAAUGCAAAUCCCUGAAGCUUCUAGAUCUGUAAAGGAAGAAACUCUUAGAAUAUUUGAUCCUACUCUGGGCCGUGAAGUUGAAAAUAUAAAUAAUAGAGGAUUCAAAAAAUUUCGAAAAGUGUCCCAACCACAAUUCAAUAAAUUGGCAAGUGAAAGUAAUUUAGUACACUCAAAAACCAGACAAAAUUAUAAGGAAAUAAACAAAACUGUUCGAAAUAUUAUAAAUGUAAUAUCUCCAGAUACUAUUUAUUCAAUAAUUGAGGAUUUUAAAAGGUUGCCCAUAGAUUCAAUGGAAUUAUUAGAGAACACUGUUUUAAUAGUUUUUGAAAAGGCAAUCGAAAAACAAGGUUUUGCACCUCUUUGUUCAUCUUUAUGUUCAGCUAUGCAAUCUGUAGAAGUUAUGUCUAACAAUGGUAACAAAGUAACUUUUAAGAACUUAGUUAUAAGUAAUUGUGAACGAGAGUUUGACAUAGACAAGGCCCAGGAAAUGGAUUUUGCUAAGAAACUCACUGUGUGCAAAGAUCUAGAAAAGAAAAAAAAACUUCAAGUUGAAUAUGAAAAAUAUAAAAGAACAUCACAUGAACGUUCUGUUAGAAAUUGCCGGUUUAUGGGUGAAUUAUUCAAACAAAAUAUUCUUACUCCAAAUAUUAUGAUGAAUCGCAUCGAUAAAUUAAUCACUAAACAUGUUGAAGAACCACUAGAGUGCUUAUGCAUUUUAUUAAAGACUGUUGGAAAAGAAUUAGAAGAGAUAUACAAUUUAAGUUAUAUCUUUGAUAAGCUAAAUACUUAUAAAUCAAAGGUUCAAUUAAAAACAUGUUAUAUGAUAGAAGAUAUCAUAAAUUUGCACAAAAAUAAAUGGAAUGAUGAUCGUAUUGACAGUUAUAACAUUUUAAUAAACAAAAUAAAAGAUCAUCUUCACGAUGAUAAAGAAAUAUCGCCCAUAGAGCCAGUUGAACAACCCAAGGACACACCAGUUAAUCAUACAAUUAAUUUGGAAUUAAUUUGUAAAAAAUUACUUCUAGCAACUGAGCAACUGCAAAAUUUAGAUGAUAUAAUCUAUUCAUUAUCAGAAGAUGAAUCUUUGGUAAUCCACACAAGGUGUGAAGAGUUUGUGAAAUCUAUGUCACUUAUAACUUUAGAUAGUCCUAUCAGUCAAACAACAGUGGCAGGAAAGAUUUUUGCAGAACUUUUAUCCAAAAAAAUUCUUUCUUCGGCUGCCAUCACUCAAGGAAUUGAUGAUGUUCUUAAAAAUUGGAAUGAUUUUUUAAUGGAUUACCCUCAAUUUUUUUCCUAUAUUGCUGCCAUUAUAGCUCCAUUAUUAUUAUCUCAGAAUGCUUCAUUCGACUUCAACAAUUUAAAAGAUUCAUGUAAAUCCAUACGACCAGACAAUUCUAGUAAAUUGUUUACCGAAGUUUUAUAUCAAAUAAAUAGUUCCAAGGAAACACAGAACAUCAAAGAAGAACUAUGUGGUAUAUUGUGGAUUUACAAUAAGUGGAAUAUGUUAGAAAAUGUAACUCUAGACAUAUUUAUGCCCAAUAACCAAAUAAAUAAAUAUUUCAAAAAAGAUCGAAUUGGAGUAUUCCUUUUAUCUAUUGCAAUUUAUGAUAAAAUUAAGUUAACUGAUAAUAUAGAAAGCUGGACAUGUACUAAUAUCAGUGAAGAAAUCAUAAAAAACCCUCUGUUUGUGCGAGCAUUAACUAUAGCUAUUGUCAUUUUAUGUUUGAGAUUGAAUUAUUCUUAUGAGGAUUUCUUUGCUGCUAGUCAUUUGAUAUUGUUAACAUAUUAUAUUAAUUUACUCCCAGAACAUGAAGAAAUCCAGAAACGAGAAGUACAAUGUAUGUUAGGCAUUCAAAUAAUAUCUGCUGCACUUAAUCAUCCUGGAGGAAUGGUAUUAAAAAUAUUCAAUAGUCUCUAUGAACAUAAAGUUAUAAGUAAAGAAUCGUUUGAACUAUGCUUACAAGAAUAUGAAAAAUAA